UAUAGAAGUCUUAUGUCAGCGAUCUCGUCGACUGUCAUUGGACGAGGGAAGUUGUUUGUCCGAAUCGACAGUCCAUGGAGUAUCAAAGCCAACUAUAUAAUUGCCAAGGGACGCCUACAUUUAGGUCAGUCCGCAUUAGAAUAGACUGCGAUAAUGGAUCCUACUUGCUAUGUGAACCAACGGCGAUCUUACAAUGGUAAUUUGUGCACCGUCCGCUACGCGGGAAGAGUCGAAGGGACCACCGGCGAGUGGCUCGGUGUGGAAUGGGACGACCCAACUCGGGGGAAGCACUCCGGAGAGCAUCAGGGAGUGAGAUACUUUACAUGCAAGAGCAAGCACCCCACCGCUGGGUCGUUUGUGCGUCCGUCUCGAGCUGCAGACAAGCCUAGAGGCUUCUUAGAGGCUCUGCGUGAGAAAUAUGCAUCUGAGUUCGAAGAAGUGGCCAGGCAAAAGCUAGGUGGCGACGCCGCUGGUGAUGCUUUGCACAAGCCUAUUGAAAUCAGCGGCAAAGUUGUAGAAGAAGUUGGCUUUGACAAAAUCCGGAAACAGCUUGCAGAACUCCAAGAGCUGAGGAUUGUUCUCUUGGAUGGCCUACAACUUGCAGGCGUUCUGUCCCAUGAAGGAAACGCAGAGCAAAUUCAACCAGCCUGCAGAGAGAUUGAGGAAACCUGCCCUAAGAUCAUCGAACUUGACCUCGGUCGAAAUCUACUGAAUCGUUGGAGUGAUGUUGCAAGCAUAUGUAGCUCACUUAAGCGUUUGAAGACCUUGAAGCUGAACGGAAACCGGAUGGACUCAGUUGCGGAGAACUUGAGAUUCACGGGGAUUACGGAGCUUCAGCUGGACGACACCCUUCUCUCUUGGGAUGAGGUUUCGACUUUAACACAUCAAUUUCCGUCCCUGGUUACUUUAUCCGCUACUGCUAACCAGAUUUCCUCAGUUUCGUCACCACUCACGAACACAAUAACGACUUUAACCUUAGAGGAUAAUGACCUUUCCUCCCUAUCUUCUCUCAGAAAACUCACGUCAAUGAGCAACCUGAGCCAUCUCUCACUACGCGGAAAUAGCAUUGAUAAAAUCUGCGAAUCCAGCUCAGACGAAGCAGGCCCUUUGCAGUUCUCAAACAGUCUCCGUUCGGUGGAUCUGUCGAGAAACAAAAUUGACAGCUGGCUCUUCGUCAAUCAACUCCCAGUUGUAUUUCCAGGUCUGAAAUCUCUCCGUAUAUCCGGGAACCCCCUCUACGACCAACCAGUGGGGCCAUCAGCUAUCACUGGGUUGCCAGAGAAAACGAUGACAGUAGACGAGGCAUAUAUGUUAACUCUUUCCCGAAUUGCCUCCUUGGAGGUGCUCAACUAUAGCACAAUAACAGCAAAGGACCGGAGCAACGGAGAUCUCUAUUAUCUCUCUCUUAUCGGCAAGGAACUCUCGGCUUUCCCGGAAAGCGCAGAGCGGGAUAUUCUCGCCAAGCAUCCUCGAUAUCAUGAGCUUUGUGAGAUAUACGGCGAACCUGUUCUUACGAGAGUCUCGGCAUCGAUCGGGUCAGGUGUUGCUGUGAAUCCACGCUCUGUUGCUGCGCGAUUAUUGAAGAUGGCGUUUUACCUGCGCCGAAAAUUGCCGGUUUCCGACAGCUCAAUCACCAAUCCAGACGAUGUGUUGGAGGAAAUCAAGGUAAAGGAGAUACCUCGGUCCUUUGAUACAUACCAGGUAAAGGCCAUUGUCUCUCGCCUGUUUGGUCUAGCACCAUAUGAAUUCAGGCUGGUUUGGGAGACAGACGAGCUGGACCCAGUCAGCAAGCAGAAUAUAGAUGAUGAGGACAGAUGGGAUAGCGAAGAUGAUGGCGCCAACCCACCCCAUCCAAGUGAUGGCUCUGCGUUUGUCAAAAGAGAGGUUGAGCUCGUGGAUAGUACAAGGGAUAUUGGGUUCCUGUUCCAGUCUGACCUUGCUGAGGCGAGAGUCAGAGUUGAGGCCACAACCAUUCGUAGAGUGGAAAAUGCAACUAGACCUUUUUUUUGAAUGAAUUACGAUGAAUACCUUGGUGAUGCUGGAUAUAUAUAUUCAUGAACGUGUUUACUUUUCGCAAAAAUAAAGCAAGCGGCAGAUCACCGGAGAAUGAAUAGCUUAUAGAAAAGAUCUAGCUAAGUAUU